AUGUGUUUACGGGGUGAGGGGGCAUCUUUGAGGGGCCCCGGGGCCCGGGAUGGGAGCAGAGAAGGUGGCGGCGCCUGCAGGAGGCUUGGGGGAGCAGGUGGGGUCUUGCCCAGCUGCUCCUGCAGUCGGGAGCCGGCGCGGACACUGGCGCAUUACCUAGAGUACGUUAAAUCCGAGUGGCAUUUCGCCAAUGGGACGCAACGGGCGCGGUUUCUAGAGAGACACAUCUACAACCAGGAGGACUUGCGCUUCGACAGCGACGUGGGGGAGUUCAUCGCGGUCACGGAGCUGGAGCGGCCGAGCGCCGAGUACUGGAACGCACAGAAGGACGUCCUGGAGCGGAGGCGGGCCCAGGUUGACGCGUUCUGCAGACACAACUACGGCGUUGGUGAGAGCUUCACAGUGCAGCGGCGAGUUCAGCCCACAGUGACUGUGUAUCCUUCAAAGACCACAUCCCUACAGCACCACAGCCUCCUGGUCUGCUCUGUGAAUGGUUUCUAUCCAAGCCACAAUGAAGUCAGGUGGCUCCGGAAUGGCCAGGAGGAGGUGGCUGGGGUCGUCUCCACAGGCCUGAUCCAGAAUGGAGACUGGACCUACCAGACCCUGGUGAUGCUUGAAAAUGUUCCUCAGAGUGGAGAGGUCUACACCUGCCAUGUGGCGCACCCUAGCCUGAUGAACCCUAUCACAAUGGAGUGGAGAGUGCUGAGCUGAGGUGCAGGUAGUGACCCUCAAGGAACAGCCUCUGCCCCAGCUUCUUCAAAGUAUGAAAAGGCCUCCUGCUGGCUUUUAUUCCACAGAGAGAAUCCCUUCUCAGGAUCUGGUCUGCUCCUGAUUCAGUGACUUGCAGAAAAUGUCCACCCUCUGCCCUGCCCUUGACCUGGAAGUCCCCAAUGUUAUUGGUUGAAAUAUCUCAUUUUCAUUCUUGCCCUGUUCCCUUUGUAUUUAACCCUAUGGCCUCUUAUGCAAAUGAACUCACCUUCUGCCAGUACCUCUUUAUGUUACAGUGUUUUCCUCAACUAAACAUGAAAACAUCUGAUUUGUGCAACUACAAGGACAUUAAGUAGAGAAAAAUGGAGGAUUAUAUCAUAAGACAGUAAUAGUUUUCAUUUACAUCCCUGAAUUUUGACCACAUGUGUAUCAGGGGGAAUUUCCUUGCUUCUGUGGAUUUUCUGUAGGUAGGUAUUAAGAUUCUGAGAGCCAGUUCUAACAUGUGGGUGUUUUUCCACAUCACCAAGCAAUUCUCUGGCACCUUCUAGAUGUCUUACAAUUCAGCUUCAUUUUAACACUGUCUAAAUGGAGAUAGGUCAGGUUCCACAGGUUAAGGGCUCAGCCUCAUUAGACUAACCCCUACCACAUGUUCAGAAUAGAAAAGGACCCUCACACAUUCCCCCAGAGGAACACAAUUGCAUUUCUGCCACCCUGAGUUCCGCUGGAGCUAUUGUCUCUUUUCAAGGAUGAGCAAAGUUCUGCCAGGUCUAGGAAGCCUGGGAAGCAUCUUUCAACUGCAGUUUGCUCACUUGAAAAGUAGGAGGGAGUGGUAGUUUCAUUUAGUCUGAGUGUCUGGGGAGUAAUGGGAGCAAGGUAUGUGUAAUUAAGAAAUGAAGAAACAUAAAAUCCCAACUACUUUACUGCUGCCCAAGGCAGCUCUCCUGCUUUCUGAGGCUGUCUAACCUCCUCUCACAGUGUUCUGUUUUAUGGCUUCCCAAUAAACUUUGUU